AUGGGAAGAAACAUAAUAGCAUUAGACGAACUUACAGUGAACAAUGUUGGUGUGUUCAAAAAGAUCAACGAAGUGACACUACCGUGCAAAUAUCCUGAGACUUGGUACGAUCAAAGUCUCAAGUCCUCAGACACGGUUGUCCAAUUAGCAUAUUAUUCUGAAUUGCCAGUCGGUGCAAUUAAAGCACGUGCAUUCAAUAACACGCACCCUACUACAUCGCCAAAUUUUGAAGAAUUACUAGCUUCUAGCGUGUUGCAAAAGACCCCCAAUUGCAUUUAUAUUGAGAGUUUUGCCGUUUUGGAAAAGUACCGAGGAUUGGGAAUUGGACUGAAAUUAUUGGAGUGGGUUAUUGAGCAAACAAAGAAAAAGUUUAUUCAUGAGAUUAUAAUUCACGUACAUCAACUGGAUGAGAAAGUGAUAUCUUGGUACAAGAAGAGAGGUUUCAAGGAAGGCGAAGUGGCUAAGGAUUAUUACAAAAAUCAAGGAUUGGACAAACCAAACGCUGUGAUUUUAAGACUCGAGGUAUAA